AUGGAUAAUCCACAGAGGCCAAACGAGAACAAUGACGCACCGUCCAAUGAUAUAUUUAGGCAAGGUGGAUCAACAAAGUACCCACCAAUUAUACCGUUCCUUGGAUUGCUGAACGCUGUGCUGUUGAUAACGGCUGUUGUUAUUGGAGUUAACUGUGCCAAAGUCAAAGAGGACUCCUUGCACAUUUCCAACCCAGCUGUAACACAGCUCUUCAGUGAGCUCGACUAUCUCCGAAGCAACCACAGCGAUGUGAUUGAAGCUGAAGAGGAGGCCAAGAAGGCGUUAGAGAGCGCGAUCAACAACCACAAAGAAGUAAAGGUGAAAAUUGAGCAGCUGAAGACCGUCAAUGAUGGUUAUCAGAAACAGAUGCAAGCACUGCAAGUGGAGAAGGAAAACCUGAAGUCCAACAUAUCAGCUUUAGAGGGAUCUUGUGGUGGAUGCCUCCCUGGUUGGGCUCUUUUCAACUCGUCCUGCUAUUUCUUCUCCUACACCGAGUCCUCUACUGUCAAAAAGAACUGGCAUGAGAGCAGAGAGGACUGUGUUAGUCGUGGAUCUGACCUGGUUGUGAUCGAUAGCCAGGAAGAGCAGAAAUAUGUGAGUAACACAAUCCAAAAUAUGAAAACCAGUAAUAGUAAGUGGGAGAAUGGAUUUUGGAUUGGACUCACUGACAUGGAGAACGAGGGGAACUGGACAUGGAUUAAUAGUGUCACAGAAGUGCAACAAAGGUACUGGAUGGAUGGAGAACCAAACAACGGCGGAGAUUUUGGAGAACAUUGUGGGGCUGCAGUUCACUCCGCCUUUAAUCCCUGGAAGACCCGCUAUGAUGGAAAUUGGCAAGUUGCUCUGAAGUCAUGGCAAAGGCAAAAAAGAGAGACUAUUAUUAAAUGAAUUUGAUACAAUCAAUGUACACCCUUCACAAGUUUCCAGUCCAUAACUGACAUAAA